ACUUAGGAAUGUCCUCAUUUUUUUAAAGAAAAUCUUUUUUUUUCAAUGAAGAUAACAUUAAAUGAAUGAUAAAUGCAGUCUAGACAUUGUUAAUGUGCUAAAUGAAAAGUCCGUCUCUGGUCGCCCUGAAGCGGCAGCAGGCUGGGAGGAGCCGCGGCGCUGCGCACUGGAAGGACGCACACCUCUACUGCACCUUCACCACUCAGGGAAACACUGACGGGAGUUUGGCCACAUUUAGUGAGUCCGACUCCACACAGUUAUUGUUUACACGAGGACUAUCGCCCGUUCAGAUCAGCACCACCCUGAAGGUUGAGGAAGCUUUAAUGCAGGUGCAGCCUGUUGAUCAGCGCUGGAGCCCGAGGAACAGGAACCCGGAGGAAGUGCCAUCGUGUUAAAUUCCUAAUGGAUCCAGAAACUUCAAAAACCUCCUCCAUCCUGGAGCUCAUCCAUAUGAGACCAGUAGAGGUGUGGGUGUCCAUUACACUCAACUGACACAUCAUCUCUGCCUCACCACAGAUGCAGAGGGGAAGCAAUAUGCCCGUGGCCCGCAGGAAAACAAGGCUGUUCUGUAUGAUGAUAAUGCUCAACAUCUGCAUUUGUGUCCUGAUGGGUGUGACAUGGAAUCUGAGACGUGGCAAUAGGAGCCACCAGAAGGUGCGAAUUCCAUCCAAGAGGUUUUGGCGCACACAGAUACUGAGUGAAUCGUUCUGGAACAAGGAGCAGCAGCGCCUGGACUUCCUUUACAAUCCCAUCAUCAACUCUGCACUAUCUGACGACUCCCUCGUUGUGCUUCCAGAUUGGUUGAAUGACACCGGACCACUCAACCCCUGUGAUCCCGACUACAGAGUCCUCACGCAAAUCUCGGACUACAACUCCUUGCCGCAGCGCUUCCAGGACUUUCUUUUGCACAUGCGCUGCAGAACUUACUCCAUGCUAAUAAAUCAACCCCAUGUUUGUGAUGAACCGCCGUUCUUGCUACUGGUAGUCAAGUCACUGAUCCCACAUUUUGACCGGCGGCAGGCCAUUCGUGAAACAUGGGGAAGAGCCGGCGUCUUAGCCAAUCGGACUGUGGUGACGGUGUUCCUGCUGGGCAGCACUUUGCCGUUAGACAACUUUCCAGACCUGCGGAUCAUGCUGGGACAUGAGGCGAAGCUUCACAAUGACUUACUCCAGUGGGACUACAGGGAUUCUUUCUUCAACCUCACCCUGAAGGAGGUCCUCUUUCUGGAAUGGUUCAGUAAACACUGCCCUCAAGCUCAGUACGUUCUCAAGGGCGACGAUGACGUGUUCGUCAACACCUUGCGAGUUAUUGACCUUCUGGAAGGCUUGCCAGACAACAAGGCUAAGGAUUUGUUCAUAGGCGAUGUUAUCAGUAACGCAGGUCCACACAGAAACCAGAAGCUUAAGUACUUUAUCCCAGAGAGUGUGUUUGUGGGCCAGUACCCGCCUUAUGCCGGUGGUGGAGGAUAUCUGUUGUCUGGAGAGUUAGCAAUACGCCUUUACAAUAUAUCUCAGCAGGUAGUCUUGUUUCCCAUUGAUGAUGUCUACACAGGGAUGUGUCUGAGGAAGCUGGGUCUGGCUCCUACGAAACACACCGGCUUUAAGACUUUUGACAUUGAGAAAAAGUACAGGUCCGCCCCCUGCAUCUACAGGAGCCUGGUGCUGGUUCAUAGCCGGACGCCCCAGGAGAUUAUUGAAAUCUGGCCGUGGAUUGUCAACCCUGAGCUGGACUGUCAAUGAGUGCUGGAGUUUUCCAUCAUUUGUUUAUACUGUUGAUCUUUUGUCAUUUUUUACAAACUUUAUUCUCUUUAAAACAGUGUUUUCAGGUUGACUUUAUUUGUCCGUUUAAUUUGAUAUUUUAUUCUAUUGCUCAAACUGUAGUGUAAUCAUAUAAAUGUAUUUGGAGAGUCACUACUCCAGAACCUGAAUUUAAUCAAAUCUUCAGUAUAAAGGGCAUUACCCUCAGUGAGGCUGAUGGAAAAACUGGAUGUGCCUCAAGUAUCAGCAAAAAGUACAAACUCCCUGAAUGUCUGCUAACUGGACACAUGCAAACAUAAACAUUUACAUGCUAACCUCCCAGGUUUUGGCAUGCUAGCUGGUUAA